AUGGCGCUUCCCGGCAUCGACUUUUCCCAAAACCUCUCCCUGUUCACUGUCCCCGUCGCUUUCGCGCUAUGCAUCCUCCCGCACGUGUACGCCGUCUGGCUGGUCGGCAUGAGCGCCUACGACAACGCCAACCCGCGGCAGUACCGCGACAUGCUGGCCAGAGACACGAGCAUUGACAAGGAGCGCAAGCUCCGCAUCCUCCGCGCCGAAGCCGCCUCCCUCAACGGCCUCGAGACCAUCGGCCUGUUCGCCGCCUCCGUCCUCGCCGGCAACUACGCCGCCCUCGACGCCGCCACCCUCAACCACCUGUCCUUCGGGUACCUGCUCCUGCGGGCCGCCUACACCCUGACCUACGUGCUCGUCCGCAACAGGCGCUACUCGGUGCUGCGCACGGCCAUCUGGCAGCUCGCCAGCGUCUACAUGGCCUGCUUCUGGGUCAAGGCGGGCUUAAAGCUCAUGUGA